AAAGCAGCACGGAAAAAUCCAAAGAGACCAAAGAUGAAAAUACCUCAGCUUUCCCUUCUCCUCCUCCUUCUCGUCCUCCUUCUCGGUCUGAUGAAUGCAGCAGCAGGCUUCCCUGCAGACCGAAGGGACAAGCAAGCCUCCUGGGACGACGUCAACGUGGUGGCUCACGGUUUACUUCAGCUGGGCCAAGGUCUGAAGGAGCAUGUGGACAAGACCAAAGUCCAGAUGAGGGACAUCGCCGGCAAACUGAAAGCCUUCAACAGCACCUUGACUGCACUUGAGAGGAAGCAGCAGGAGCAGGAUGACAUCGUCAAGGUGGAAGCCGCGGAGGAGGUGAUGAAGCACAACAAGGAGAACAUCCACUCCCGCGUGGACAGACUUGAGAAGAAAAUGGAGGAAGUUCUUCAAGUGAUACCUAACUCCAGUUUCAGCGAUGCCGACUCAGCGAUUCCAUUCAUCCAGAGCGUCGUGGCUGCUCAGAACAGACGUAUGGACCAGCUGGUGGACAAGAUCAGGCAGCAACAAGACAAGCUGGAGAAGCAGAGCUUACACCUGCAGGCGCUGCAGAACAAGGUUGCACACAAGGGGGUCAAAUCGCACAGGUGGAGGGAUGAGGAGACCACACUGAGGGGCGACGCCCCACCGAGUGACACCAAAAAUGGCUUAGCUCGAGAUUGCCACGAUCUUUUUCUCCACGGGCGGCGAGUCAGCGGCAUCUACGCCAUCCAACCGCACAACUCGCAGCCAUUCAACGUCCUCUGUGAAAUGACCUCAGAAGGUGGAUGGACCAUCAUCCAGAAGCGUCUUGACGGAUCCCAGAGUUUUAACCAUCUUUGGGAGAGCUAUAAAAAAGGAUUCGGGAGCCUAAACAGUGAAUUCUGGUUGGGAUUGGAGAACAUUCACACCAUCUCACAACAAGGCCAGUACCUACUACAGGUGGAGCUCUCCGAUUGGGCGGGACAGAUCCAAGCCACUCGUUAUCACUUCCGACUUGAUGGAGAGGAGAAGAAAUACGCUCUCCACGUGGAGCAGGAGUCCACAUCGGGAUCUAAGGAGGCGCUAAGCAUCCUGACCGGACCUUCAGGUCUUCCCUUCUCCACCGUCGACAGCGACAAUGACUUCGCUGCCGACGCCAACUGCGCCGAACUUCACUCAGGUGGUUGGUGGUUCAGCAACUGCGGGGAAUCGAACCUCAACGGGAAAUAUCCCAGACGGCUCGGCUUGGUCAAGAGGUCGCAGCCGAGGAGGAUGUUUUGGGUGAACACCAAGGGAGAAAAUAAUCCACUGAGGACAACUCUUCUGAAGUUGGCUCCUACGUCCAUAAACCAACAAUAAAGUCCCAAGCAUGAGAAGCAAUGAAAGACUGCAAAAAAACAAAAACAUGCACAUUUAUUAUGUAUUUAUUUAUUUAUAAGCUGUAUAUUAUUCUCUCUAUAAAUAUUUUAUGCUGAAAACAUAUUAUUUGUAAAAAAAAAAUAAAAAUAAAGGGGACCUAUUA